AUGGGUGACGAAAGCGGUCCUUCGAAAGCAGAGCUUCAAAACGCUAUGCGGAAGCUGCGAGCCAUUCCUGCUAACAAGCUCUGCUUCGACUGCAACGCACGAAAUCCAACUUGGGCAACUGUGACAUACGGAGUUUUUCUUUGUAUUGACUGCUCAGCUACUCAUCGUAAUCUUGGCGUACACCUUACAUUUGUUCGUUCGACAAACCUUGAUGUCAACUGGACAUGGCUUCAAUUGCGCGCCAUGCAAGUAGGUGGAAACGCUAAUGCUAUGCAGUUCUUCAAGAAUCAUGGAUGCAAUAGCAAUGACGCUCAAAUCAAGUAUAAGAGUAGAGCUGCUCAACUGUACAGGGAUAAGCUCGCUCAGCUCUGUAGAGAGGUACAAAACAAAUAUGGCAACAUAGUGCACAUUGACACAGCAGCCGUUGUUGAAGAGCAUAAAGAAGAGGACUUCUUUGCCCAGAACUUUGUUCAUGCUUCUCAAAGUGCGACAUCGCUGAGCAGUGAAGCUUAUAUAGCUAAGGACGAUAGGAUUGGUUCAAAUGGCGAUCUUUCCAGUGAACACGGGCCAAAAGUCGACCAUAUCGAUUCGGAGCCAGUUCCAACAUCCGCUCCUGUUUCUAUAAUUCUGAAGAAACCAGUAAAGAAGGCUGGGGGUGCUAAGAAGUCCGGAUUGGGCGCCCAGAAAGUCCGGAUCGAUUUCGAUGAACUAGAACAACGAGCCGCUGAACAUGAGAAAAAUCAUACAGAUUUUGGAGUUGGCGUCACAGCUACUCAACUGGAAAAGUUAGAGGCACAGGUUGAGCCUGUCGCAAAGUUGAGUGCUCGUCUAGCUAUGCAAGAUAUUCAGAAGAAAGUGAGCGAGGACCCACAAAAAGCAGCUGCUGUGGAUCGAUUGGGAAUGGGCGGAUUUGGAAGACCUCGUGCUGCGCAUUCGGUGGCUCAAGGUGUAAAACCGAUCCGUCAGGUCGAUCUGAGUAAACGAGCCGAGCCGUCAAUUUCGCUUUCUCAAAAGAGCGAAGAUGAUUGGGAGGUCGUUGAGGAGAAAUCAUUAAACAAAAAUGAUGACGACCUGUUUACCUCCGACUUUUCAUCGAAGUCACGAACGGAUUUCUUUGACAGUUGGGAUGAUCAGCAACAAGAGACAGACAAGAAAAGAAGCACCAAGUCUUCAAGUUCGGGAGCCAAAAACCCGGUAAUGUCUGCUCCUGCUCCAAAAUCGGAUGUAGACAUUCAGAAAAAGUUCGCCGGUGCUAAGGCUAUAUCCAGUGAAAUGUAUUUCGGCAAUAAUGAGAUGGACUUCGAAACGAAAGCAGCGCUUUCGCGUUUCGAGGGACAGUCGUCCUUAGGCUCCGCGGAUUUAUGGGGACAAGGAAGUCAACCUCAAUAUUCCCAGGUGCCUGAAAUGUCAGAUAUAAAAGAUUCAUUACGCGCUGGUGCUUCAAAGGUUGCUGAGAAAUUUUCAUCAAUCUCCACGUCUUUCUCCUCUUAUAUGUCGCGUGCUCCUGCGAAAUCAUAG